AUGUCAUCAAUCACUGCUACUAUGGAGCAACAGGCAUCCCUGAACAAGUUCGCCAACGACAUCGUCGUCGAGACACAGCAGCAUGAUUGUUACCUGAAAGACACCCCAAGGAUGGAGGAGGAGGAAGUGGACGUGGAUUAUCCGAGGCACAGCGUUCCUUUUGAAAACUGCAACCUAGAGUUCGCCAUGCCUCCGCCCAGAAGGUACAUGCGGUCUGAAAGCAGCUCAAGCUUGAAGUGCCUGCUGUCCAAGGAGAGGGACUUUACGAGCAGGGAGUGGAGAAAGGGGAUGAUGCGGUCCUCAUCGGAGAGAUGCCUCUCUUCCUCCGGCUCCUUCGUGCGAUCACGCAACAAGUGCUUCCAGCUUCCUUCAUGGCAGGAGGCGGAGAUAAGGAAGAAGCACAACAUGUCGGUAGGGAUGGAGCUAUCGCAGUCGGACGAGGCAAAGUUGCCUGCUAGGAUGAUGCUGCUAGACCUGAGGAGAUCAAACAGCGAGCCCUGUCUUGUUUCUCUUGACUGA